AUGCCCCCCAUCCGCCAAUCUCACUCAACUGUAUCUCCGCUUCAAUCUCCACGCCUCCCCCAUUGUCCGCCUUCUCCAUCUCUUCAUCCACUCCUUUCUGCCGCUGAUUGCACCCGUCCGUUUUCAUCCCUCUCUCCUGUCCCCCCUGCGUUCUUCACCUCGCCACACCACACCAUUCUCGCGUCUCUCUCCCUUCUGCUACCUCUCGAAUGUGCCCUCGCCUUACGUCGUCUCCGUUCCGUGUUUUUCCCCUCCCAAUCUCACGCGCACCUCGCAGGCGGCACCGUGGGCAAGCUGGGCAACCCCACCCUCCUGACGCACGCAGGAGCGGAGGCGCUGUGGCGGGAGCACUUUUGGGCACCACCGGACGAGAAGCUGCUGUUCUACUUCUACUGCAACCUGCUCACCAGCGUGGGGCCCGUUCCUGGCACACUAGUCGUCACCACUGCGUCCAUUGGCUUCCUCUCGGACGCCGAGUUUGAGUACAAUCCGCUGGGGCGCCCCACAGAGAUUGCCAGGAGCCACUUUGUGGCCACCAUUCCGUUGCACAAGAUAACAGGAGUGGCACCUGAAGCCAACCCAUCUGAUGACAAUGAGAAGUACAUUCGGCUCACCACAGAAGACGACUUCUCAUUCUGGUUCACUGGCUUCAUCGCAUAUGAUCAAGCCUUUGCUACUGUCCUUUCCGCCGUGGUCAGUACUUCUCAUCCUCUUGAAGCUCUGUCAUAG